GCCGGCGGGGCUGGGCGGAAGUGGUGUGGGCGAGCCCGCAGUGCAGAGGCGCGGCGCGCUGGCGCGGUGCAGGGGCCGGAGGUGUCGCUGGUCCUCGCCGGGGCUCCCGAGAAGAUGGGGCGCUUUGCUCUGACCGUUAUCCGGCAUGGAGAAACACAGCUGAACAAGGAGAGAGUAAUUCAAGGACAAGGAGUCGAUGCACCUCUCUCAGAAACUGGCUUUAAGCAAUCAGCCGCUGCCGGGGUCUUUCUUGAAAAUGUCCAGUUUACUCAUGUCUUCUGCAGCGAUCUCCUCAGGACAAAGCAAACAGUACUUGGGAUUUUGGAGAAGAGCAGAUUUUGCCAAAAUAUGACAGUGCAGUACGAUGCCAGGCUUCGAGAACGGAAAUACGGAGUUGCAGAAGGCAAGCCACUCAGCGACCUCAGGGCGAUGGCCAAGGCCAUGGGGGAAGAGUGUCCGAUGUUCACACCGCCUGGUGGAGAGACGCUGGACCAGGUGAAAUCACGCGGGAAAGAAUUCUUUGAAUUUCUCUGCCAACAGAUCCAGGAAGAAGUAGACCCAAAGGGACAGGUCUCCCAAGAAGGCCAAAGAAACUAUCUGGAAACGUCUUUGGUGGAGAUAUUCCCUUUUGGGAAAAACCGGGCCUCCGCGCCUAACUCAGACAGCCAUGCUCUGGGCCUGGUGGCCAGUGUCUUAGUGGUGAGUCACGGUGCUUACAUGAGAAGUCUGUUUAAUUACUUUAUCUCCGAACUUCAGUGUUCCUUACCAGGCACUGUGACGGAAUCCGAACUCAUGUCCGUUAGUCCCAACACAGGCAUGAAUGUCUUUAUUGUAGACUUAAAGAAAGGACCAGAAGCUAAGCCAGCAGUGCAGUGUGUGUGUAUAAACCUCCAGGAGCAUCUCAAUGGGAAGAUUAAAGCUCACUCGAGCUAGGGCCACCUCAAAGCCUUAGACCGGGGAGCCUCUUAAAGGAGUGCCUUUGGCUUUCUGUCUUUCUUCUGAUAGUGUCGACCUGGAAACGGUUCAGAAGCUAUUACGGCAGGUUAUAAAACUCAGGUGGCCCAGAGCCACAAUAAAACACUACUGGAAUACCGUUUCUUUCUUUUUUUUUUUUUUUUUUUUUUGGUUUUUGUGCCACGUUGGCGAUGCUCAGGGGUUACUCCUGGCUCUGCACUCAGGAGUCUCUCCUAGCAGUGCUCGGGGGAUGAUUUGGGAUGCUGGGGAUUGAAUCCGGGUCAGCCACAUACAAGGCAAAUGGCCUACCCUCUGUGCUCUCUCUCCAACCCCUGGAAUACCAUUUCAAACAGACUUCUUGAUUCAACUGUAGCUGGCACUUUCAAGAAUACUUUUACUGUUAUGUAUAUUCAUUUUUAUUUCUAGUUGGUGAAUGAAUAAAGAAGCUCAGUAUUACAAAUUGGGAGAUUAAUAGUUUAGUUACUAUAGUUUUUUUUUUUCUUCAAUUUUUUUCCUUUUUUUGUGUUGGCAUUUUUCUUAAUGGCCAAAAAACCCACAAAGAAAACCAAAAAAUGUCUAGCCUAUUUUAUCGACUUUCGGUAAGAUAUACUGUAUGUUUUAUACUAUUUCAUCUGAUGCUUGAAAGGUGUAGCUAAUGAUAAUUCCCACUGCCUAUUUGUAGUGACAAUAUGUUAUAUUUUUGAAGUCUUUUAAAUUAAAAGUAUUAUCCUCCUGAGUGUAUAUAAAGUUAAAAAAAAAACUUACCAUAGAAAUCAGCAAAUACAAAGACAAAAGUCAGCAUUUGAAUUUUUCUUUUUAUCAUAACACCACAAUUGACACAGUUCAUAAUACCGUUGUUUGAGGCAUUCAGUGUUCCAACACCAGUCCCACCACUAGUGUGUCCUUCUCUCCACCAGUGUCUCCAGUUUCCCACCCCCGACCCCAACCUGCCCCCCUCAGCAGGCACAAAGAAAUGUACUUCAUUUUGCUUGUCAUAACACAAAAGACAAAUGGAACUGUUAAAAGAUAGAU